CCGUUGUUGUUCCGCAACAGAAGCGAAAUGAACAUAGUCGGUCUCACGCUGGUACCGGGGUUCUCAAGUUUUCGUUACUCGGUUGUGAACAGUGUAACGUUGCGUCACCGUUACUUUGUGGCCAGUAUCCCGCCGCCUCGAGCGCUGUUGACCAGAUGGCAGCUCACGCUAAUCUUCUUAUAACGGCGCGCGCCGCAUGUUCUGAAUGGGAGAGGAGAGACGGAAACAAAACAGAAAAAAAGAGAGCAGCUUUUAAAAAAGAUCAGCUGGACCGUGAUUCAGUUUUUUUCUUGUAGUUAGAAGCGAGUUAAUUGAAGUCAUAUUUGGGAAGGACUACUUUUUGGGGGGUUGCGUCUGCCACCGCUGACGGACAGGCGUGUGGGAGAAACGGCUCCCUGUGGCUCGCGCCACAAGCAACAAGUUGAAUGUUUGCCGACGUCGCUCGUGUGAUGGGAGCAGAGCUUCUUGACGUGAGUCAGAUUGAGAAAUCCUGCCUAUCAUGUGAAGGCUUUGGUUGUGGUUUACACAUGUGUGGGGGUGCGUGUGUGAGUGAUGGACGGUGAACUGAGCUUGGUUGCUACACCCCAGGGGCACUGGCCUGUAAAAAUGUCCCUAUAACCCUGGAGCCAUGGAACCAUGACAGUCAUCACUUAUUCAGACGGGAGGCUUCCGAACAAAAUUAAAGAUUCUUGAGGAUCCCUCAGUCUGCAGGAACGUUCCUCAAAAAUGUCUGAGUGGCUAAAACCUGGACCCAUGAACUCCUUAAACCAUCAAAAUUGCCACUUAGAGAAAUGCCCAAUGAAGAAUGGAGCGACUCAAAAACAAAAAAGAUUUGUUCCCAAAACAUUGCAAAUAUUGAGCAGGGGAUGUUGGACAAUUUGGUUAAAAGGAAGCGAUGAAAAUGGGGAAAAUCUUUCAGAAAUGUAUUUUGAAAAACCAGGUGAAAUCAUGCAAAUGGGCCAAUGUGUUUGGAUAAAAAAUCCUAUUUUUGGCGUUUUGUGGACUUCACCCUGGAAAAAUCGAGACGAAAACAUGAAGAAGCAAGCAAACCUUUUCAGGCCAAGGUGGCAUCACGUCUUCCUGUGCUUCCAUCUUCUGUUGUUAAGCCUUUGUGCAAAACCUGCUUCAUCACAGGGACAUUUUCCACGAAUGGAGAAUAUUGCAGCUUUCAAACCCGUGUCCGCCUCUCCUCCUUGGUCCACCUGUGGUGUUCCAGAGCGGAGCAGCUCCUGCCAGCCACCUUCUUCCAAGGCUGAACUACUGACAUGUUAUCAAGCUGUUUGUGACCAGGAAUGCCCCUAUAGAUCCUCCACACCACCACAUGCCCCACUGCUGCUAGCUGCACACAGGGGUAACUGUGUAACUGAAGACAUCACUGACACUCGUCCUGGUACUAGAACAGAAACCGGAAUCAGUUUGGAUGGGCUUCCAGCUGGAUCUGGUAGUGUGCUGUUUCAACCAGGAAAAGAUGGAUGUGCCGUCACCCCUCCCCCACAGAGUCUAGGAGCACGGGGUUCUCUCACCUUAGCAUUGUGGAUAAAACCAAGUUCUUCUGAAGAAAUGAUGCUGCUGGAGAAGAGUUUUGGAAAGCGUCUGGUUUUUUCUCUGACUGUGUCAGAGAAGUCCGUGACCCUGCGGUACGGUCACUCAAAGGGUCAGACGUCUCUCACAGUCAGCUUUAGCACAGAGGGACGACUUCUACCAGAGAAGUGGAGUCAUCUCACUCUGCAGAUCUAUGAUCGACGUGCGAGUCUUUUCCUGGAUGGCCUUGAGGAGGAUGGGACACCAUUUGAUACAAAACACCUGACCAACGCACUCAGUGAUGUCGGCGAAGAUGCCACCAUGUGGGUGGGACUUGGCGCUAAUGGGUCUAAUCAGUUCAUUGGGCGAAUGCAGGACUUUAGAUUUUAUCCCGCCACUUUGACCAACAGGGAAAUUGUGGAGUUGUUCUCAGGAGUCCUGCCUCAACUCCAUGUCCAGUCUGAGUGUCGCUGUCCUCCGACUCACCCGAGAGUACACCCUUUGGUUGACAGAUACUGCAUUCCCAAUGCGGUGGAGGAUACCACUAAUGACCGGGUGUUGAGGCUGAAUCUCAAUGCUCACCCGCUGAGUUACAUCAAUGAUCAGGACAUGGGGACCACCUGGCAGUCUAAGAUCAUGACUGCACAAGAACUGGAUGAAGGACUCACAGUUACUGUGGAUUUGGUUAAUGGACAAUACCAGGUUUUCUACAUUAUAGUUCAGUUUGGGGGUCUUCUGCCUGAGUCGGUUGUGAUCCAGCGAAGGGCGUUUAACCUCUCAGACCCUGACAGCGCCAUUAAGACCGAACAGCUCUGGUUGGACUGGCAGUAUAUGGCCAGAAACUGCAGUGUGUUUGAUAUGCAGAACAAUGGAUGGUUACCUAGACCAGACUCAGUCAACUGUCUGCAGUUGCCCAGUGACGUGCCCUUCUCAGGAGGAAACUUCACAUUCAGUCUGCUGACCACACAUCCAAGCGUGAGGCCGGGGUAUAAUGACUUCUACAGAACGCCUGCCCUGCAGGAGAUGGUCCAAGCAACCCACGUCCGAAUUCACAUGAGAGGACAGUACCACACUAAAACAGCUGGGGUCAAUCCACAGCACAGACACUUUGCCAUUAGAGAGAUCACAAUCAGUGGCAGAUGUGAUUGUCACGGCCAUGCAGACCACUGUGACACCAGUGUGUCCCCGUACCGCUGCCUAUGCCUCCCAGAGAGCCACACCACAGGCCACAAUUGCCAGCAUUGUGCAUUGCUUUACAAUGACAAACCCUUCAGGUCAGGUGAUCAGCUCCAGCCAAUGAACUGCCGUCCUUGUCAGUGUAAUGGCCACGCCCACUCUUGCCAUUAUGACAUCCGAGCUGAUGACCAACCGCAUGAGCACUACAGAGGCGGGGGAGGAGUCUGUGACCACUGCAUGCACAACACCACAGGGAAGAACUGUGAGCUGUGCAUUAAUGGGUUCUUCAGGCUGGUGGACUCUGAUCCUUCUUCGGCUGAUGUGUGCCGGCCCUGUGAUUGCUACACUGCUGGAACUGUUGAUGGCAACAUGGAUUGUCCCCAGAUUGGAGGUCAGUGUCAGUGUAAGGCUGCAGCAACAGGUCGUCGGUGUGCAGACUGUUUGCCUGGUUGGUUCGGUCUCAGUGCUAAAAAUCCAAAUGGCUGCUUGUCCUGCAACUGUAGUGAUUUGGGUGUCAUCAAAACCUCAGCAACAGCAGUUUCCCACUGUAACCAGCACACAGGGCAGUGUCACUGUAAACCUCACGUCACAGGUCUAUCAUGUGACCGCUGUGUGUUUGGUUUUUGGAACCUUUCCCACCCAGACGGCUGCAUCCCUUGUGACUGUGACCCGUUGGGUUCCCUCAGCUCGUUCUGUGAGCCUGAGGGCGGGCAGUGUGAGUGCAAACCUGGGGUGGGAGGCCGACAGUGUGGCUCCUGCGGCAGCGGCCUGUAUGGUUUAAAACUCGAUGGAUCCUGUGCGCCCUGUAACUGCUCACACGAGGGGACAGUACCUGGAACAGACUGUGAUCCUUACACAGGACAGUGUGUGUGCAAGGAACAUGUGGAGGGCCGUCGCUGUGACUAUUGCCUUCGUGGUUAUCACACCCUGGAGCGCCGUAACUCCCUGGGCUGCCUGCCGUGCGUGUGCGACAUCAGUGGAACUGUGCCAGAGGGUGUAUGUGAUAUGUGGACCGGACAAUGCCCAUGCAAGGAAGGGGUGGAGGGUUUACACUGUACCAGCUGUCGUCACAAUUACUACAACAGAAGUUUAGACCUCCUGAAUGGUUUGUCUCAGGGAUGUGUGCCAUGUAUCUGCGACCCCAGGGGAACAGUGAUGGGGUCAGUCUGUGACAGGAACACAGGACAAUGUGUCUGUGUCCCAACACGUCAUGGAAAGGACUGCAGUAGCUGCCGACCUGGCUUCCAUCUCUCAGCGGAUCACAGCGUGUGUUUAGAGUGUGACUGCCAUCCGAUGGGUUCAGUGCAACAGAAUUGUGAGAGCCGGUCUGGACAGUGUGUGUGUGCGCAUCCCUCAGUGGCUGGGCGACAGUGUAAUCAGUGUCGAGAGAUGUUCUUUGGCUUCAACCCUGGUCUGGGAAGAUGUCAGCCUUGUGCGUGUGACCAAGUGGGCAGUGUCAACGGUUCCUGCAAUCCAGACACAGGGGUGUGUGUAUGUAAGCUGCUGGUAUCUGGAGAAAAGUGUGAUUCAUGCCAGCCAGGAGCGAGUCACUUUGAUCCUGAAAACCAUUUCUUUGGUUGCAGUAAAGCUCCAUCCCAGCAACCUGCUCCAUCAGGCUUCGCUCUUAGUUACUCCUCCAUCUCUCUCUCUUGGAAUCCACCUGAUUCACCAAACUCAAACAGACUCAAAUACACGCUCAUCAGAGAUGGACAGUCGGUGUACACCAUCCACAGUCGCUACCCUUUCAGACCUGAAUCCUAUGAGGACCACAGUUUGUUUCCGUUUACCAACUACUCUUACUGGCUGAUAACAGCCAGUGUAGCUGGUGAGACACUAAGUGCAGCAGCAUCGUACCAAACUCUAGGUGCACCCCCCGCUGCAGACCAACUGUCUUUAAACCUCCUGGGGCGACCAGGUCCAACCAGUGCUAGCUUUAACUGGAGCACACCGAGAAAUGACACGGGACCAGUUGAGAGGUUUGUGUUAUCUUCCAUGGAGUCCUUUCAUGAAGCAGAGCCAGUCAUUCACUACACAGGCUCAUCUACAGACGCUGUUGCAGGUGGCCUGAAGCCUUUCACACAAUACACAGCAAUACUGGAGGUGUGUUCAUCUGGAGGGUGCACCUCUAGCCCACCGCUGUCUUUUCUGACAGCUGCUGCCCCCCCACAGAACCAACCUCCUCCCCAAGUCACUGCUACUGGACCUUACACGCUGCAGGCUGUUUGGGAUCCCCCUAGUCAGCCAAAUGGUAUCAUAACGAGAUAUGAUGUUUUCCUGCGAGGCCCGAUGGACUCACAGAACCUGUCUGGUGUUCUGGAUGAGAAGAAAGUGUUUCACAGCUCUGGAUGGCUGGAUCCAAGUGUCUAUAUGGAAAGGAGCCAGGCCAACAGCACACUGUCACCUCCAGAAAACAGAGCAAUUGUGAAGAAUCUUCAGGCGUUUUCAACCUACCAGCUGAGAGUUGUGAGCAUCAGCAGUGCAGGAAGUGUCUCAUCUGAGUGGACCACUGCUCACACUAUGGAGGGAGUCCCAGAGUUCGUGGCUCCUCCAGACGUGUCAGCACUGUCGUCCACCAGUCUCAAAGUCACAUGGAACUCUACUGAGGGUCACGGGGUCAUAGCAGGAGGACAAGUCACAGAAUUCUGGGUCAACAUGCUCACUGAGCAGACCUCCAAUCCCUACGCCCCUCCAGUUGUUAGUCAGGUGUUGCAUAGGAUGGCAGCGUCAUCACAGCCGUUUUACAUCGUUAAAGAACUGAAGCCUUACCAUGUGUACAACUUCACCAUCACUCUCUGCACAAGAAUGGGCUGCAUCACCAGUCUGCCAGGCACAGGACAAACCCUACCAGCAGUGCCAACAGGACUGUCCUCACCCCAGAUACAUCCUAUAAAUGAUACAACCAUUCAGAUAGACUGGGACCCCCCUGCAACUCCUAACGGACCAAAUCCACUCUAUCAGGUGGAGAGAACAGACUUAUCCUUCUCCGACCCACGAGAACCAGUUGUUCGAGGAACCAGAUUUCCAGGGAAUGGUUUUUAUCAGUUUCCCAGUAACACUCUGCCCAGUAAUACCGACUUCACAGGUGUUCAGUUGAGUUUCAAGACUUGGUCCCCAGAUGGCCUCCUGCUUUGUGCCUUCUCCCCAGAAGAUCAAGUGGAGUUUCUGGCUCUUCAGAUAAAAAAUGGACAGCCAUACUUUCUAUUUGAUCCUCAGGGCUCUGCGGUGGCUGUGGGUGUGCAGGGUGAUGGAGGACGCCGCUACAACGAUGGGCAGUGGCAUACGAUAACAGCAACUAGGCGAGGGGCUGUGGGAACAAUCGUUAUAAACAAUCAAUACAGCGGAAGUGCAUCAGCUUCCAGUGGCAGCAUCAUCAUUGGCGACAACAUGGGAGUGUUCAUUGGAGGGCUGCCCAAAGAUUUUGUUCUUUUAAGAGAAGAUUCAGGAGAUGCCCGGCUGGUGCAGCGGGGCUUCUCCGGCUGUCUCAGAGACGUGAGCAUAAAGAUGACUGACAGCCCGUCAGAGGACGGGCAUUUCCUGGACUGGACAAAAGCCACAAAGAAGGAGGCAGUGUAUGAAAGCUGGGAGGGAUGUCCUCUUCAGACUGUAGAUGGAGCUCAUUUUCUGGGUCAUGGAUUCCUGGAGUUGGAGCCAGAUGUUUUCAGUGGUGGACAGGACUUUGAUAUUUCCAUGGAUUUCAGAACCGAUCAGCUCAACGCCCUUUUGCUGUUUACAUACAACACACAAACGGAAGACUAUGUUCUUGUGGAACUGGAAGCGGGUCUCUUGUCCUUCAUUAUUGCGGCUGAUGGUCAGGUGACUGAGCUCCGCAUGUGGGUGGGGCUCGGCUACUGCGAUGGAGACUGGAAGCAGCUGUCAUUGGCAAAGCGUGGCUCUGUCAUCUCUGCUGCAGUGAAUGAUUGGGCCGAGGAGGUGUGGGGAGCGGGAGGGGCGGCGAGGCUGAGUGUCGAUUCACCGUUAUACUUGGGAGGUGUGCCAGCUGAACUCUUACAUCCUGCUCUAGACGCCCAAAGUCACAAACAUGGCCUGGGAGGUUGCAUUCGACGUUUUACUCUUCAUGGUGAUGAAAGGAGCCGCCCUGUCAGUGAGAGUGUUAAUCUCUCUGUUGCCUCCCGUCGCUCUGUUCACGUCUACUUGGACGGCUGUCCCACCAGCGAAAGCCGUUUCAACUGCAGAGGCAAUGAUUCGGUGUUGGUCUACAGUGGAAGGCAGACACAAGCCACAGAUUAUGGUUUACAGCCUUUCACAGAAUACUUGUACAGGUUUGUUGCGUUGGCUGCUGGAGGUUGGGCAGCAUCACCGUGGCAGAGAGGACGCAGCCAUGGCACAGCUCCUGAAGCUGUUCCACCUCCGACAGCAAUACAGAGUAUCGAUGGCUUUAGUGUAGAGGUGAACUGGGGACCACCCACUGGUGAAAUCAAAGGGCUGAUAGACAGAUAUGAGCUGAGGGCCUACAACAGAGACAGCCCUGACGUGCCACCCAUCAAAACCAUAUAUCUGGCUAAUGGUAAUUUAACAGGUGUGAUGACAGGUCUCAUUCCAGCCACUCGAUACGUUGUUACUGUAAGUGCCUGCAGUCCUGCAGGAUGCACUGAGAGUCCUAUUAAUGACGGGGGUGAUGAUAACAAUAAAAGGUCAAUUACGACCCCGGAGGAAGCUCCAGAGGGUGUUUCUCCUCCAUCUGCAGUCUCUUCUCCAUCAGCUCUCUUUGUAACCUGGGAACAACCAGCAAGGCCCAAUGGAGACAUCACAGAGUACCUUCUCUUUCACAACAACAAUACGGUGUACAGAGGGACCAACCAACAACACAAUAUAACUGGUCUUGGUGUGUUCUCCACCCACUUCUUGGUACUAAGUGCAUGCACUUCAGUGAGUUGCACCAACAGUUCACAAGUUACAUCCCUGACCUCUCAGCUUCCUCCCGGGCCGUUGCAUGCACCAAGCCUUACCCUGCUGGACUCUCGCACUAUUUUUGUGGAGUGGUCACGUCCUUCUCAGAUAAAUGGCAUUUUGGAAUUCUACUCCAUCUUCCUGUCACAUGACGGAGCAGAACCUGCUCUGGCUUAUAACAGCUCAGAACUUUCUGAAGAGCACACACUUCGCAACCUAACCCCUGGGACAACUUACUCCAUCAGAGUGGCUGCGUGCACGGGAGGCGGGUGCACAGUUAGCCCCUCAAGCCAGGCGCAGACUGAAGAGAGCACCCCGGAGAAUGUCCCUGCUCCCCUGGUCGUCCCCCUGUCCCCACAUGCACUCAACGUCAGCUGGACUCCUCCUGAGACUCCCAACGGUGUUAUAACAAGCUAUGGUCUGUGGCUGAAUGGAGACCUUAUUCUAAACUCCAGUUCCUCCCAGAGGGUCUUCGUUGUGGAGGGUCUCUAUCCAUGGAGCCGGCAUAUAAUCAGGCUGCAGGCCUGUACAGCUCAGGGCUGUGGUAAAGGACCAAUGGUGGAGACCCGUACAUUAGAGAUGGCUCCUGAAGGCCCUGUACUGCUGGAGCUGACCAACCAGAGCUCUAGAUCGCUCCGAGCUCGCUGGACGGUGCCCCCGAGAGCAAAUGGGAACCUCAGCUACAUGCUGUACUACAAAAGCAAAGAUGGUGAUGGUCUUUUGGAUGGAGGUACAGCAGCGGGUGUCUGGUUGUCUGUGACGGACCUACAGCCUUACACAAACUACAGCUUCUGGAUCAGAGGAUGUAACACCCAAGGCUGUGUAGAAAGCUUGCCUCUCAGCACUGCUACACCUCCCACAGCCCCAGAUGGGUUGUCACCUCCAACUUUAGCUCAAGCAACAAACACAAGUCUGAAUGUUACCUGGUCUGCUCCCAUCCGCUCCAAUGCACCAGGCCCACUUCGGUACAGCCUGCAAAUGAGAACAUCCCCUCAGAGGCCUGUCAUAAGUCUUUUGGAAAAUACAACCAACACCUUUUCUUCCUAUGUGGAGGGUUUGUCUCCAUACAAGUCCUACCUCUUCAGAGUGGUGGUUUCACAUGCUCAUGGACAGACAUCUAGCCCAUGGGCAAACCUCCGCACUGCAGAAGGCAGUCCAGAACCAGUAGACCCUCCAAUUGUACAUGGACUCCAUUCUCGAAGUGCAUCAAUUAUUUGGGCUCCGCCCUCACAAACAAAUGGCAUCAUUACCAAUUACAUCCUCUACCUUCACCCUGGGUCUGCAUUUUCUUUAGAUUAUGAACCUAGCUCGUCUCUUAGCUCCAGCCUGAGCAGUCUGUUUGGUGAAGAUGAAGCAGAUCAUUACUCUGGUUCCAGCUUCAUGGCAUCAUCUAGUUUUACUGACCCUCAGGAUUCAGGCCACGACUCCAUAACUUCUGCCAUCGCAGGUUUCAAUGAUUCAAACACAAUGCGGGAUGCUGCACAAAGAACCCACAACCAUUUCUCCACCCUGAGGCCUCGAACUGUAGAAGGCAGGCAGAAUGACCACAUUGUUUUGGACCCUGAUGAGCUCAACACCACCAGUCCAAAUUCAAGCCUCUCGCUGUCAGCUGAUGCAAGCAGUGAUUAUCCUGAUCCUUUGAUCAACCACCAUCCAUUUACCAGCCCCAGUUAUUUUAGUGCAGCUUCCAGAUCAACGCUCCAGUCUGUCACUGUUCCUGGGAAUGUCACCAGUUACACCUUCCUCAACCUACUGCCACACCAUGCGUAUACAUUCCAGGUGGAAGCAUGCACCAGUGCAGGUUGUUCAGUUUCAGGGGUGUUUCAGAGUUUCCGUACCCUCCCGGCUCCUCCUGAAGGGGUUCCUGCACCUCACCUGUACUCUGAGACACCCACAUCAGUUCUCUUGUCCUGGGGAGAACCAGAAAGAAGCAACGGGCCACUAGAACGUUGGUUUAUUGAGCGCAGACUGGCUGGAACCAAACAAGUCUCCACUGUAGGUCAUCUUCUGCCAGGUCCUUCCCCGCUUUCCUUUCUGGACUCCUCAUCAGCUCUCAGUCCCUGGACUACCUAUCAGUAUCGACUUGUGCUUCAAAAUCAGGCUGGAAAAGCUCCAGGUACCUGGGUCAGUGUCACUACCAGGCCGUCUCGACCAGCUGGUCUGAGUCCACCGAGGGUUAAAGUCCUGGGACCAAAGUCACUUCAAGUCACAUGGUCACCACCUCUUAUUCCCAAUGGAGAGAUUUAUGGAUAUGAAAUCCGUCUUCCAGAACCUAGAAUUUUUCAUGACACCAGCUGUGAAACUGAGCUCAAUGUGACGAUAAAAGACCUGGUUCCACACACAAACUAUAGCGUCACCGUGCUGGCAUGUUCAGAAGGUGGUGGAGAUGUUGGAGGGUGCACUGAAAGUCUCCCGACUCCUGUUGCUACAUCACCCACAAGACCUGAAGGACUUGCACCACUGUCAGCAGUGGCAGUCAGCGAAUCCUUCUUGGUGGUUUCCUGGGAACCACCGAGCCGGCCCAAUGGACCAAACAUCAGAUACAAGCUGCUCAGACGUAAAACCCACCAGCCCCUAGCCGUUACCAUGGUCCCCGCAUCAACAGCCACCUCCUCGCCCCCCUCCAAAGAUCUCCAUCUAUGGCUCCAUGUUUACUCUGGCACCAAAUUGUUCUACGAAGAUAAAAGCCUAAGCAGAUUCACCCGUUACCAGUACCAGUUAGUUGUUUCUAAUGAUGUGGGCUACACUUCAGGGGAGGUUGUGACUGCAGUGACCAUGGCAGGGGUUCCCCUCAACCCUCCGCAUCUGUCUGCUCAUGCUAUCAAUCACACAGCCAUACAAGUCAACUGGACACAACCUUCUUUGCAAGACCUGCAGGGAGCGGUGGAAUCAUUUUUCCUCACAGUAGAGACUCCAGAGUCAAGUCUGGUGUUGACUAAAGGACCUGAGGUCACGUCCACAGUCAUCGGUGACCUUCGGCCCAGCACCACUUAUCAGGUGUCAUUAAAGGUGUUCAACGGAGCACAUAAUACAACUAAAGUAACAGAUCAUGUCACCACAGCAGAUGGAGCUCCUGAAAAGAUGUCUGCCCCAGAACUGGUUCCUGUAAACAGCAGCUCUGCCCGCGUCCUGUGGUCACCUCCUUUUCGACCCAACGGAGUCAUCGUUGGUUACAACAUCUACGUUAACGAUCGUCUCCAUGGCAGUGUGGGCAACAGCUCUGGCUCGUAUCUGCUUGGAGACCUGCUGCCUUUUACAGUCUACAGUAUACAAGUGGAGGUGUGCACAGUGUAUGCCUGUGCACGGAGUGAUGCUAGCAAAACAACCACUGUAGAAGAUGUGCCAGCUGAAUUCUCAAUACCACAUGCUCAAGUAAUCAGUCCAAGGUUGGUGAGAUUAGAUUGGUCCCAUCCCGGCAGACCCAGUGGGAUUAUGCUGGGCUAUGAGGUUUUACGACGAACCCUUAGAUCAUGCACGGAUGGGUCAACAGGAAUAAAACUAUCCUCAGGGACAGAUUCGGGUGCUUUAAGGUUUGAGUGUUCCUACCUGCAGUGCCCUGUGGGUCACAGUGUUUGUGGGACAUCCUGCUUUCAUCCUGACAAACAGGUUUGCUGCAGCGGACAGCUGCAUGCUGCAAAACUACACCAUCACUGCUGUGAUGGCAGUUAUUUGAGUUUGAGCAAUCACUCCAACCCUGUAUGCUGCAAUGGCAAACUUGUCCCAUCUCUCCCAGAGCACCAGUGCUGUGGAGGAUACUAUGUUCUUGUAAAAACCAAUGAAUACUGCUGUCCUGACCACUUACAGGGCCGGGUCUCAGUGGGGCCAGGUGACAGCUGCUGUGGGGGGGUUCCUUAUUCUGUGACAGGCGGCCAGCUUUGCUGCAGUGGGAGUCUCCAUGAUGGCUAUGGGGUCCAGUGCUGCGGAGGCUGGGUAGUGGAUGACAAGCUGGAGUGCUGUGGUGAUGCAAAGAAGGGGGGUGUACAUAAAUAUAAACCAGGUUUUGUCUGCUGCGAUGACAAAUAUAUAAACUCUUCAAGCUCCCUCUGCUGCACGGACAAUGAAGGAUAUUCAACAACACAUCCUGCAGGCAACAUCACAGUGAUGCUACAGUGCUGUGGGUCAAAGGUCAUACAUCAGGAAGAAAAAUGCUGCAAUGGGAUUGGUUUUGACCCCCAACGAUAUGUUUGUGGUGAUCAACCCACACCUGGGUUAUCAAUGCAGCAUCAGUGUUUACAGCCCACCGUGUGUCCCGUGGCUGCAGCAGCUACAGCUUACUGUGGAUCCUGUGACCUUGAUCCAUCUCUGACAGCCUGCACAUGGAUCCUGACUUCACACAAACACGUCGACACACAACCCACGACACACACGCCAUUCAUCAGCACCUUGCAGGAAACACUCACUACCCUCCCUUCGAUACAAACAAACAGAAGUAAUACGACUUACACAACCGACGACACGAAGAGUCACACACCAACAGAGAACACACAUUUGGGGGGAAAUCUGUGUCCGUCACACGAAGAGGUGGUGUACAGCACAGAUGCCAGUGUAAACACCUUCACAGACUCUGAUCUGGAGCCCUUCACUACCUACGAGUACAGGGUAAGAGGCUGGAACAGCUUCGGCCGAGGCUACAGCGGUAUCACAACAGUCACGACCAGUGAGGACAUCCCAUGGGGGUUGGCCCCACCCCUCUGGAGUCGGCUUGGUGAUCGAGAGGAUGUCAUCCAUUUACAAUGGCAAGCUCCUGCAAGACCUAAUGGACUGAUCACCCAUUAUGUUAUCCUCCGUGAUGGACAAGAGCGUUACCGUGGAGAUGACAAAGUUUUCACUGAUGUUCGUGGCAUCAGACCGUUUCAGGAAUACGUUUACCAGCUGAGGGUCUGUAACAGAGCUGGUUGUUCUGAUAGUACAAAGGUGGUGGCAGUGACGGUCCAGGGCGUUCCCGAGGAUGUGCAUCCGCCAGUGGUAACAGCCGUCAGUCCGUUCUCGCUCAACGUGAGCUGGUUUGAACCUUCCCACCAAAAUGGGCUCAUCCAGUGGUACCAGCUGAACCAGACUGGUGUUGGAACCAUAUUCACACACACCAAUGGACCUAAGAGUUACGUUGUGACAGGUUUGCAGCCGUUUACAGACUACAGAUUUGUGCUGGUCGCCUGUACGUCUGUUGGAUGUGGAGCCAGCGAGUCAUCCACAGGACGCACCAUGCAAGCCUCGCCUGCUGGUGUGUGGUCGAGCCCAAGACACCUGAUAAUAAACACGUCAGCAGUUGAACUGUACUGGGACCAACCAUCCCAGCCUAAUGGAUACAUCGUCCAGUACAGGCUUAUUAGAGAUGGUUUCACUGUUUUCACUGGAGACCACGAAGACCAGAGUUACACCGACAUCGGGCUGCUGCCUAAACAAAGGUACUUUUAUGAGCUGGAGGCCAGUACAGAGGGUGGUUCUGGUGUGAGUGACAAAUAUGUUGUGGAGACACCAGUGUCCUGCCCGACUGGCAUCCCUCUUCCCUAUGACAUCACACUCUCAGGUCCACACUCCGUCUCUCUGGCUUGGUCCCCUCCAGCUCAACUAAACAGCAACCAGCCUGUGAAAUACAACAUCCUGUUUAAUCCAGGAAGUCACAGUCCUAUAAUACAUCACGCCGGGAGAGAAAGGCAGUCCUUUGUGACAGGUCUACAGCCGUUCACCUCGUAUCACAUAAGAGUCCAGGCCUGUCAAAAUGAGGGGUGCGGAGUAGGAAAUGGUGUCUACGUUCGCACCUUAGAGGCUGCACCAGAAGGUCUGCAGCCUCCUGAAGUAAAAGCAGUUGGGCCUAAUAUUGUGGAGGUCCACUGGUCGCCCCCAAAAAACCCAAAUGGACUCAUCACCUCCUAUCAAGUGUACAGGCGUCCAUUGGGGACAGAGGAGGAGCUCCUGGUUUUCAUCUGGUCCAAUGGCCUGCUUGAAUUUGUUGAUGCAAGCCCUAAACUACAACCCUUUAGCUACUUUCAGUACAAGAUCCAUGCCUUCAACUCUAAAGGCUCCAUUCGGAGUCAGUGGACUUCAAUUCAGACGCUGCAGGGUAAACCACAAGACAUGGCCCCUCCUGAUGUUAUAUCCUCAGGUGCAUACUCAGUCCACCUUAAAUGGGGUGAACCAGCGCAGCCCAAUGGUUUUAUUACUCUGUAUAAACUAGUUUAUGUCAAGCACCAACAGGACCCAACUUUCAACUCAGCCACUGUCACUGCUCUCACCGUGAAGGGUUCAGUUCUGGAGGCAACACUCUACGGCCUGGAACCUUUCAACCUGUACAGCCUUCGUGUGGAAGCUGUAAACGAGGCAGGCAGUGUUUCCAGUCCGUGGGUGGACAUCAGAACUCUGGAGGCUUCUCCAGCUGGCCUGGCUAACUUCACGGUGGAGCACAGAGAGCAGGGCAGAGCGUUGCUGCUCAGCUGGGAUGAGCCACGUUCUCCAAACGGAGUCAUCACGAUGUAUAACUUGUACAGUGAAGGAAACCUGGAGUUCAGUGGACUAUCACGCAGUUUCCUCUUCCGUCGUUUGGAGCCAUGGACCGUUUACUCUCUGACUCUUGAGGCGUGUACCUCGGCAGGCUGCACACACAGCCGUCCUCACCACAUCACCACAGCAGCAGCACUGCCUGCUUCUCAACUUCCCCCCAGGCCUCUCUCCAUCGGCCCGGACCAUGUCUCACUUACAUGGGACCCCCCAUCUCAACCAAAUGGACCAAUUGGAGAGUAUUCCUUGCUUGGGAGGAGUCUGGAGGAGAAGGGGAGGCUACGGAGUAGUGAUGAGGACAUUGAAAUGGGGAAGGUUCUCUUCAGAGAAACGUCCCCACAACAAGCUGGACCCUUGUCCCAUACUGUGGUUGGGUUGCGUCCCUGGACCCAGUACGACUUCAGCGUCUGUACUCACAACACAGCUGGAAAAACCUGCAGCUCCUGGGUAACCAUAACAACCAAGCAAGCCCCUCCUCGUGGCCUAGCCUCUCCUACAGUGAGUCAUAUCCAAGGCCGACCCAGUGAGGUGGUAGUGUCCUGGGCCCCUCCCUUAGAACCCAACGGGGUUCUACGGUCCUACAGAAUCCAGAGAAACAAAGUCAUUUUUUCAUUCAGUUUUGACCCAACUGUCCUCAACUACACAGAUGAAGACCUGCAGCCUUUUUCAACAUACAGUUACUCAAUAAUCUCCUGCACUUCUGAGGGAUGCAUCACCAGUCCUCAGACACACAUCACAACACUCGAGGCCCCACCUGCGACAGUGGCGGCCCCCACGGUGGGCGCCGUAACAUCCAGCAGCCUAAAUAUUUCCUGGAGCAAACCUCUGACACAGAAUGGAGAGGUGACAGAUUAUGCCCUGAAACUCAAUAACCAGGAGGUUUAUCGUGGGAAAGACCUCAGCACGGUGCUGUCUGGCCUGCAGCCUCAUACGUCAUAUCAGCUGGUUCUGCUGGCCUGUACUCGGGGAGGCUGCACCUCCAGUGUCUCAACAACUGCAGAUACGGAGGAGGCUCCUCCGACCAAUCUGGACCCCCCAGCUAUUAAGGUUACUGGCCCAGAGUCAGUGGAGAUUACCUGGAGACCACCAGAGUUCCCUAAUGGCAUCAUCACUGGGUAUGAGCUCCGUAGAGAUGGUGAAGUCAUUUAUGUUGGUUCAGAGACCCAUUACCACGACUUCACCCUCGUGCCAAGCAUGGAAUACAGCUACGUUGUCAUUGCCAACAACAGCAGAGGCGCUGUGAGCAGCGAGGUAGCUACAGCAAAGACUCACCCAUCAGCCCCAUCUGGUGUGGGUCUCCCAAUAGUCACGCCCCUGAAGGCAAACCAGGUGAGAGUAGAGUGGCAGAUACCAGCCCGUCCUAAUGGAGACCUUGUUGGGUACAACGUGCAUCUAAGAGAUCCAGUCCAACUUCACGUCCUCAGCACCGCAAUAAGUCCAAAUGACCGUAUCUUCUCUGAGAGACAAACCAUUCUGCAUGGGCUGGCUCCCUACCACCGGUAUGAAGUGAGAGUGGAGGCUUGUACAUCACUGGGCUGCUCCUCCAGUGACUGGACCUCGGUGCUCACGCUGGAGGCUCCCCCUGCUGGACAGCUGGCACCACUUCUAGAACUCCAACCUGACCCGCACACCAGCCUCCAGACAAGCUUUGUCCUCACCUGGUUCCCUCCUCUUCAGCCAAAUGGCAGAGUCCUGCAUUACGAGGUGCACCGGAGGCCACACGCCUCAGCUGAUGCCAACAAUACUGAUGAUGCAGCAACAGUUGUCUUCAGAAAUGUCUCCAUGUCUUAUAAGGACAGAGGACUGCAGCCCUACACUUUGUACCAAUACCAGGUGUGGGCGGUGAAUUCUGCUGGUUAUGCUGCCAGUCCAUGGGUCAGUGGAAGAACCGGACCUGCCCCGCCUGAAGGAGUUGACCCGCCUAUUUUUCUGCAUGUUUCUGCAACCUCAGCUGUAGUGGAGAUCCGUCCUCCAGCCCAGCCCAAUGGGAUUGUUGGUCUUUACAGGGUUUUCUCUCUGGACCACAACACCACCACCCUGACUCUGCUCUCAGAGGGAACCUCCCUUCAGCAGACGCUUCAUGAUUUACGUCCUUUCACUCAGUACUGGGUGGGCAUUGAGGCUUGCACUUGUUACCAGUGCUGUAGCCGGGGUCCACUGAGAGAGCUCAACACCCUGGCUGCCGCCCCAGCCAACCAACCCCCUCCUCGUCUUGUCACGCUAACAUCCCGUUCCAUUCAGAUGGAAUGGGAUGAGCCUUUAGCUCCUAAUGGAGUCAUUGAAAGCUGUGAGCUUCAUCUCCGGUCUCCGUGCCCCCAGCUCCCCCAGCCCACACCGCUCCCCUGCACAGAAGGGCCAAUGGAAAUCUGUUUUUUUGGAAAACAGUGGAGCCACAAUGUUACAGGUCUCCUACCGUACACCGUCUAUGAGCUGAGAACUGCUUGCUUCAAUAACAUGGGCAGCACUGCCUCCAACUGGACUGUUGUUAGCACACUCAGCGAAGCUCCACAGUAUGUGACUCCUUUCUCAGUGGACAGUAACCUGACAGUCAUUUGGCUGGAUUGGACCAGAACCUUUUCCCUCAACGGGUACCUGAAAGAGUACACGGUGACAGAGAGCCAGCUGAGGGUGUAUACAGGCUUCUACAGCUAUCUUCACAUUCCCCGCACCUCACAGAAAAGCCUUGCUGGGUUUGUUCCUACUUGCUCUACUGGUGGGCUUGGUGCUACGAAGAACCUUGAGGAAAAAUCCAUCAGCUAGAGAGCGCCCUCCUCUGGUCAUGCUUCAGAAGAGCAGAAAGUCUGGAGGAGAGACCUACACGGUGAGGGGCAGAGAAAAACAGAAGGAGGAAAGGAAAAAAAACGCGAGACCCUGUCCUGAGCUGUGCUCUAAACACCUCUCCAGCUCUAUGCUCCUUCUUGAUCGCCCCACAGGUCUGACAGACACAAAGAUUGUUAGCAGCAGCUCCCACAGCAGCAGCUCCCACUUUGGUCCCAUGUCUGUCCUGCGAGCUCCCAGUCCAACAGACCUCAACCAGGCCUACUCCCAGCAUUCUCUGCAUGGCAGCGUCAGCCAGCUGAUUGACAGGAAGACACUGAUGAUGGAAGAAGGAUGCUGGAACAACCCAAUGGGACAUGACUCUGGACUGUAUUUGGAGGACGAUGAACUUGUGGACACCAUCAAGACCUUAAGCUCUGUCAAAAAAGAGCACGCCAUGUUCACCGACACUCAUCUGUAGGACGAGGUCCUUCCGCUGGUCAGGUAUCAGGACAGUAACGCAGACGAGCGCAUUAGCAUUGUGUUGUGUUUGACUCACGUUAGAGCUUCUGAUCGUCUUAAGUUGCAGGGAUUUGUGAUUGUUUGAUAAGAUAUUAACACCCUAGCUGGAAUUCAUCCGUAUGUGGUGAUGACACAAGUAGUUCAUCCAUAAUGAAUGUUUCUGUGAAUGUUUGGGUUGGAUCAGCAUCUGCUGGCUCUUCCUGCCAACUGCUUUUCACGUAGUUAUUCUGGUAAAUUCACCAUUUAGUGACGAUCUAUUAACUUCUAAUAAUUUCAAACAAAUCCAGUAAUAUUUUCACACCCAUCGCUUCAUCAACUGUAUCUGUGCCUGUAGAAAAUGUUAAUAGCAGCAACAACACAUGGCCUUCAUAGUAUUUUACCUACAAUCAUUAUGCCAAUUGUUUAUACUUUAUAUGUGGCUGGGAUUUAUUACUGUGUUGUUUCUGUAUGUGAUGUAACCUGAAUGCUGUCUUAACCACAUUAUUGUGGAUUCACUGUUUACUGAAACGGUUGAUAAUGUCACGUUUGUUCGCUGUGGUGACGUUUUUACUGAGUGGUUUACACUUUUACCUGCUUGUCGUUACAACCAUGAGGUCCAGUUAAGAAUAAAGGAUUGAGAUAGAUUAUGUUUAGUUUUUUUUAGCAGAAAAUAAACUCUGAUUGUAUUUAGAUUUUACAGAUCGGGCCUAGAAACAGUAUUUAAUUGACUUUAAAUGUAAUAUUGAUGGGUUGCAUUUUUUCCUACGUUAUUGAAUUCUACUGUUUUGACAAACCCUUUCUUUUUAUACUCUUACAGUAUUAUUUAUGAUCGUAUGAAAUUUGUUCUUAUUUACAGGUGAUUGUUAAACUGAUUAUGUACUUUCUGGAUGAUAUAUUAAAGUGUUAAAAUCA